AUUCAUCCUAUUCUUGACAAUUCAAGUUAGCCAGGAGUCGAUGAACUUGAUAUGAAAGAAAGGUGCAAAAAACUUUAACUCGGGGUUCCUGUGGUAAAUAAGGACGCGUUACCCUGGUGUCCAAACUAGCAUGGAAACAAAAUGGACGCUCAAUUUUCAGCAAUUUUCUAGAUUCUUUUGAAAUAAUCGCAAAAAUCUUUCCUAAAGUUGCCACACAACCUACUUAAACUACCAAGUUGUAAACCUGUCACCUUGCGACAACAAGCAGAGAUUGAUCCAGGGUGAUCAUGUGAUCGGCAUUCAUCAUGAGCAUUCUGGGAUAUGAUAAAAAGAUCAUUGCAGGGAAGCUCAGGUCRGUACCUAUCUACAGUACCAAGGAUAGCACAUCCAAGGCCAGUACUACGCAGCUCUUGUCUGGCGGUUAUGGAGAUACUGGAAAGAUUGGCAGCAAAUACUCUGUUAUUCCUCCAAUUACAGAUCAAAAACAAGAUCAUUUUGUCACAGACUCUCUAGCCCAGCAAAUCACCAAUGCUCUCACUAACGUGAGCCAAGCAAAGCUAGAGAAUGUCCGCACCACUUUCCAGAGGUUGGAUUAUGACAAAUCUGGCCAGAUUACSACCAAGGAAUUGAAUGAUGUUUUCUUGUUGUACAAUAUCUUUAUUCUUGGCACCACAAUGCAGUCUCUUAUCAAGAGGUUUGAGGCCAAGGGUGGUGGUGUGAUGUACCAAAAAUUAUGGAAUUUCCUGGAAGAGUGCCACAACAAAGCUGUCACUCCAGACAAGGGUAAGAUACAAGGUCACGUUUCCAACCCWACCCUGAACUCAUAUUUAAACCAACAAGCCAGUAAAACAUUGGAUGACAACAAACUUCUUGAAGACUUGGAGAAACAGCUCAGCCAGGUGACGAGAGAGAUUGAUCUAAGGGAGCUAAAAUCAUCAUUUGAGAAUUGUGAUCGAGGUCUGACUGGAAGUAUUGGGUUUAGAGAGAUGAAGUGGUUAUGUCAUCACCACAGGCUUCCCAUCAGCCCUGCGUUACUUGAGAGAAUACUAAAUAGAUUUGACUUGGGACGAGAUGGAUGGGUUUUUUGGAGAGACUUUGUUGAAUUCUUGGAGAAAGCCAUGCUCAARACAGGAGAUCAAAUAAAGAUGUCAAAGACUCUUGGGAAAAGAGGAUAUCAACAACAACAACAACAACAUGUGAACAAUAGAACUGGCAGUAAUCUGACGAGCAGUAUACAGACACAGACCAACACUGGGCAACGCCUUGUAAUCAAAAAUGAUGAUAAUGAUGAUAACCAAAAAAGGCCUUUGUCAGCCCCAGACCCAACGUAUGUGAACAUCAGAGGUCGUAAGGUUUAUGCCUAUCCUCCUGAUGACUUGAUURACAUUGAUGCUCCUGCCGAACCACCCAAUGAGAAACCUGUCCUGGAAUGGGUUUAUGGGUAUCGUGGACAUGAUUGCCGUAACAACCUGUUUGUYCUUAAGUCAGGGGACCUGAUUUACUUUACUGCAGCAGUUGCUGCUAUCUUGGACAAGAUAAAGAUGCUACAGAGGCACUAUACAGAACACACUGAUGAUAUAAAAAGCUUGGCUGUCCAUUCAGAUGGUGUUACAGUGGCAACGGGACAGGUGGCUGGCCACGAGAAGGUACAAGGAGAGGACUAUCACACUAUUGCCGUGUGGGACUGGGCCAAGAACAAGAAAAUCGCAGAUGCUAGGGGACAUAUGGACCAAGUAUUAGUAGCAGAGUUCUCACCGUUCAACAACAGACAGCUUGUCUCCUGUGGCAAACAACAUAUCAGCUUCUGGACUCUCGAUGACAACAACAAGCUGAAAUGUGAUCGAGGAAGAUUUGACACACACGUCAAGCCCAAGUAUGUUUCUUGUCUAACGUUCUCCAAAGAAGGUAACGUCAUAACUGGUGACACGAAUGGGACCAUUUUUCUUUGGCCUGAAGGGAGCAACCAAAUCUCAAUCUCAGUCAAGAACGCUCAUGACGGUCCAGUCUACUCUCUUCUUGUUCUGCCGAGUGGUGUUCUUUUGUCAGCCGGUGGAAGAGAUGGUAUUGUGAGGGCCUGGGACCGCAGACUUCAGCCAAUGGGCGUUCAGCUUAAGUUUCGCUAUUGUUCGGUCUUCGACGGGAGAGCUGCUCACGAACAAAAAAUGUUCCAAAGAAAAGAUAUCAGAACUGAAAUUUUCUCCAGAUGGAGUUUAUCUCGCUAUCGCCUCUCAUGAUAAUAACAUUUAUGUGUUCAAACUGCUGAAUGGAGGAAAAAGUAUCGAACUACUUGGCAAAUGCACCGGACAUACUAGUUUCGUCACUCACCUCGACUGGUCAGCGGACAGCACCCAGCUUCAAAGUACAUCCGGGGAUUACGAGUUGCUUUUCUGGGAUGCCUUGAAGUGUGAUCGUAUCACGUCGUCAGAGAGCAUGCGCAAUACUGACUGGAAAACUCAUAAUUGUAUUCUUGGGUAUCCUGUGGUUGGUAUUUGGCCGGCUGGUUCAGAUGGGACAGACAUCAAUGCCGUGGACAGGUCACACUCUAAGCGUCUCCUAGCAACGGCUGAUGACUUUGGUGACGUCAACCUAUUCAGUUAUCCUUGCUCUAACACCAAGGCCAAGCCCCACGUCGCUAAGGGACACAGCGCUCACGUGACCUGURUUCGUUUUCUACAUGAUGACUCUCGGUUGAUUUCAGUCGGUGGGCGUGACGCCAGYAUCAUGCAAUGGAAGAUCGUAUCGUGAAAAUAGAAUAAGUAUACYGUAUUGCAAAACCAAGUAUUGACCUUUGUACACUGGGUGAAAUGUUUUCCUGUUUCAGGCCAUGUGUUAUUCUCUUGAGCAUUAUUUCUUUCUUUAAUAGUAACACGUAAAGACGCAUAAAGGACUCAUAUGAGAAAACAUUAUACAACAGAUGAAAAGCAUUCCUAGUAAACAAAGAAAUAAUACUCAAGGGAAUGACACAUGGUCUGAAAUGGGAAAACAUUGCAU